AUGACCGUUGAACCGUUGAAGACUGCCUGUCUGCAACACAUGAAAGUAUACUUUGAGGACACUGUGGCGACUGACCUUUUCCUUCGCCUGCCAGCUGAUCAACUGUUGACUCUGCUGCAAGCCGAUGAUUUGCAGGUUGACAGCGAGGAGAAGGCCUUCCAGGCGAUUGUGCGGUGGGUCAGCCCUGAGGGCAAGAGAGAUGGCGACCGGGCAGAAUAUCUACCCCAGCUGCUCAGGGAGGUGCGCUGGCGGGAGACGAACCCCCAAUUCAGAAGACAGUUGAUCGAGCAUGACUCUGUGGUGGGAGAAAAUGUGGAACACUUGUGAGUACCGCAACCCUACCGCCCGUUCUUACUCUUUUGCCUUCCUACCAUUAGACGUCUUUUGAGCCUUAUAGAUAACUGGAUCUCAAACCCCGCAGAGCAUGCAGGAAGAGAAUGUCCGUUCAAUCUGAAUCGCAGAGCCUCGAGUUUGCCCGCAUCUCUUCUGCUGUUUGGAGAGGCGAGUGAGGGGAAUCGUUGGUCAAUUGUCAGCUACCACCCCGAAACCGGCAUUGAGGAAUCCGUGGGAAGAAUGAGGAAACGUUUUUAUGCAGCCUAUGUAGCCCUGGGAGGUCAGUCAACACUUCUCUGCAUCUCGCUUUUGUUUUUUUUACCGAUUUUUCUAAGAAUCUUAGCCUAGGUCUCAGGAAUCUGGCAGGUUUUCGUCCCAAAGUAGAGUGCAGUUAAAUACGAAAUCAGCUUGUUAAACAGGAAUUGAUCCAAGACAGAAACGGAUAAUUUUGGACUCUUGUACGCUAGCACAAGUUGGCUGUCGACCAAAGCUUUCGAGGUUCCAAAUCGAUUUGGUGGACGUCUACCUGUCAGGGGUUCGUGCUACCUAGCCCUAGGAACUGGAUGUUCAGUGAGGUUGUUGGAGCACCCGUUUUGUAAAUUGGCACUCUUAUUACUCGAUAGACUACCGCUAUUUAGUCUUAGGUCCCUUAAGUAGACUCUCUCGAAAUACAAAGUUGCUAUUUUCACGUAAACACAGACCCUCAGCAUUCUUGAUUGAUGUGCCAGCAAGUCAUACUCCAUAACGCUUUGGUCAAUCUUUUUGAUUCUAAGGCCCUGUUUCUAAGUUAAGUCAACUUAGUGUCUUAGACGAAUUUAAAUUGCGCAUGUGCCUUUGCAUUGGACAAAUCGACCUGUCGCUAUUAACGGUUUUUUGGAUUUUAGUCAGUACAUAUUAACUAAUAUCUGGGCCCUGGUACCACAGAUAUGAUCUUUCCGGUCUCGCACCUGCGGCGAAAAUGUAAGAAAGUGGGACCCUGCCAUUGCGCUACUUUUUCGGUCUAGAAAGCACCUCCGACACACCGAACCGGACUGAACCCAUGAAACUGGCGUCGAAAUUGGUACGUCCUGAAUGAUCUACGUAGAUGGUCGGAUAAUUCCACGAUGGCAUUCUUGCGCGCGUCACGAUCAACGGGUCAGUCUUGGCAGCUUUCAAGGUAACAAAAGGCGUGAAGCAGGACUGCGUACUCACUCUCACCCUCCUUAGUCUAAUCUCCUCGGACACACUAAGAUUGGCAUACCUGGAUUCAACACAAACUGCCGAACCAAUGGGAAACUGCUUGACACGCGGCGUCUGCUGGUCGAGCAGAAAGUACCGAAAGCCAGGGCUUACGGCGCUUUAUUUCAGUGUACGAAGCAGCGAUUGCCCGUUCCUGUCUUUAAUCAAAUUAUCUCAUUUGUCCAUGCAUGCUAAUCACUACUGCAUGCUACCCUGUUUUCCUUUGCUAACUGACAAGUGGGGAGGGUUGGGGUUGAGCUUCUACAGCCAUGAUGUGUAUUUUUAUGUUCUUGACACCUCUGUAGACAGCGUCUUCUCCAUUGGGGGCUGGAUAGAGGGACAAGGUGUUUCCUCACGUGUGGACGUAUUUGAUACAAAGGAGCGUCGCUGGAAGCUGCAAGCGCCGCUCAUCAUUCGUCGUCAACAGCACGCAGCAACUCUUGUCACCGUUGGGGAUCCACUCAAGGAUGAUAGCGAGACGCUGAUCCUCGUCUGUGGCGGGGGCUAUAAUCAACCAGCUGAUUGCGGUGGUGACUGGCAACUUCUACGCGCUUGCGAAAUUUUUGAUCCUCUGCAGUGUAGGUGAGCUGCCUGGGUCAUAAUUGCGAGUGGUUUGGAGGCAUCUUUACUUUGCACUCUAAGUGGAUGGCGGAACUAAGUGCGCCUAGCUCUUGAACAAGAUGUUGGUCCGUGGCUUGCGCAAUCAUGCGAUAUCGACACUCCCUGGUCGAGGCCAUGAGAUUUCAGAACACAUUUUUUCUUUGUUGAGUUAACUUAGAGCUCCGGUUUCAUUGUAUCAUCCCGGAGUUCAGGUUAUUCAUGCUGCGAGUGUUCAGCCGCAGACGUUGACGUAAAUAUGCAAGUCGCUUUUCUUUCUUUAAGCGGCUCGGCAUUACUGUAGGGACCGCAGCUAUGUGCGUAUUAUUAGCACUUGUAGUGGUAGUAGUAUUAGUAGUAGUAUUGCCAGCAGUAAUAAUAGUAUACAAUCGUGUGAUUAUUUACCAUACUGACAAUACAGGUGCCAGCUAGAAGCCCAGGCACACGUGUUUUGCCGAUUUCGUGCCGCUGCCUGACGCCGGUGGUAGUAGUAGUGGUAAUGGUGGUAAUAGUAGUAGUAGUAGUGGUGGUGGUGGUUGUGUUGGUGGUGGUGGUAGUAGUAGUAGUAGUAGUAGUGGCCGCCAAUGUAAUUACUAACCGGGCCAAACGUAGCUUUGAUUUGGUGAUCGGACGAGAACCGGUGCUUUCUACGUGGUAUGGUCGCCGAUGUAGUUGUGAGCUCCAAGGUUUGCGAGCGUCUGCGUUGCCAUGACCGUCAAAUCUUGGUCUUUCUAACUUGAUGUGCGCUGGCAGUUCUCCAGUACCUAGUUCUCUGGCAGUAGAUGCGUCUCCUCCCCCCGCUGGGUAUACAGGUCCUGUGCAUGGCUGCCCAGUCACACACGUUUUUUCUGCUGUUGUUGUUCUGGUUUAAAUCCUGUUCAAUUGUUCGUUGUGGACCAGGGAGCGUGGAGUGACACACCAAGUGGCGGGCUCGGCCGCGCCAUCCACCUGCGUCCUUCCCGCCUUCGGUCUCCUUGACUCCGUCUUGACACCGUGCUCAGGUGGGGAGGAGAUAGUGCGGUAGAUGCUGCGAGGGUCUGCUCUCAUUAUAAACUGAUUCACACGCAAGCCACCGUGCCGGCUUCAUCUUGCUGUGCAGCAUGUGGUGGACAUCAUCGGAUGCGACGAUCAAGCUAUGAGGUGUGGAGACUUUUCCCAAACCAAAUCGCGGCAUAAAUUAUCGAUUAAAUAUAACUUUCUUAUCAGUAAGGUUUCUUCAGAAGGGGUGGAAUCUUUGUUUCUUGCUUCAGUUAAAUAUUUCACCGAUUUCUCAUUUUAGUCGAGAUGGGAAUUGCCGUAUUUUUCGUAUAUUCCGCAUAUUUCCAUCAACAGCCUUACGAUGACGGUGAAAAUACGUCCUCGUUCGCUAACAGUCUCGCAUACUCUUUAGUAAUCACACCGUCCAAUUGUCCCUGUGUGGUAACAAGCAGAAACUGAACAAGAAAACAACACAAGCUGGUGCACAUCCAUCUACGUGGGUUCUCGCGGUAGACGUCCUUUGUCUUCUCAUGGAGUGACUAGUGAUCAGACAAUCACCUGCAGGUCGAAAAGGACCAAGUCAAAUGCAACAGAGACUGAAACAGCAGCUGUUCUGGGCUUGGCACUCUCGAAUUCUCUAUGUACUUUUUAAUUUUUAACCACUGUGCCACCACCCAUCCCUGGCCCUGUUUUUGUCUUUUUUCACCGGAGCAGGAUGUGUGGGAGUAGAGAGUGGGAUAAAUGUAAAUUAUGCUUGCAUCAUUUUAGACAACUUCGCAUGAAAGUCACUACUGCACCCCGUUCUAGACAGUGAAUGUUGAGAAGUGCUUACCAACAAAGGCGCGAACCUAAUUUCUGACCUUCGUGCCUUCCUCAGUCAGUGCUGCACGCCCUCGUCGCUUUUUAUGGAUGAACUACCGUAUUUGCUGGUCGUCCUGAGUCCGGUCGCUUGUUCAGCUGUUGACUGCCCGGUGAGGACUAAAAUACACCCUAAAUAGCCACUAACUCAAUCUUCCCUGUCUUAGACUAUAUAUAAUGGAAUAACUCCUCCUUGCGAAACACCAACCUGAAAAUAGGAGACACAUUCAGGUGUCUGAAUUCCGCACUGACGAGUAAGAGCGCGGGAGGAGAGCAUUGCAAUGCAUACUGCUAACUUUUGUUUGAUUGUCUGAGGCAUACUGGUCCUUCAACACGUAUGGUUAAACAGUCCGUCUUAAAGUAAUUCCGGCUUGUUGGAGUCAGCUCUAUUUCCAUAGGGGCUGUGGACGUCUUCGUUCAUUACCUGCUGUUUUUUUCUUCCUGUUCUUUUUCACAUACUUUGUCUUUCAAAUUUCAUCUUAAGGUGUUUCUGGCAGAUUUUAGUCAUGAAAUAGGUACCCAAUUGUGAAAAGGCCGGCAGACACAAUGGAUUCUAACCCGUGACAAAAGGCAUGGCGUCCUUGCGGUCGGCGCGCUAACCACCUGGGUUUCGAAAUGUCGACCGAGAGCUCGGAUCUUUUGCUCAUUUCGCCAGUUUACCCGGUCAUCCAUAUCGCCGACUUUUGUCACUAUUGGGUAUUCAACAAAAUUGUUCAUAACCGAUAAAGCAUCCAUUAAUUCGACAUCCCUGGUCGUCAUCUGGUGGAUUUUUCAAUGCCUGCUUGGGAAAACCUGCUUGGCCAGUUGGCCUACUGCAUAAAAUCGGUGGAUUUCUUACGUUGCAAUGGGUAGGACUAGUAACUCAACUCAGAGUUGAAAAAAUCAAGGUUCUUAGUCGAGGUCUCGAAGCUUGAGUGAUUAGGACGUUGGCUGCACUCAAGCCUGGCCCAUUUGUUAUGGGAUCGAUUCCUACACCGACUUUUCGACACUUGAGUGUCCAACCAUCUCCUUCCCCUCCAUCUCUUUACCUCGCACCACGUCUCUUUUGUAAUUGUCUCUUCUGCAUUUUAGAUGGCACAUUCUGCCCAGUAUGCGAGAGAAAAGGGUCGCCAUGGCAGCUGUCGCGCUGCAGGACGGCCGAGUUUUCUGUUUUGGCGGUUUCGAUGGUACAUCCCGUCUCUCCACAGUGGAGUUCUGCUGCCUGCAGAGAAACUGGCGUGAGACAAAGAGUGUCGGUGCUGCCGUAAGCGACGAAUUUUGGAAGGCUGCUGCGCCAAUGAGAUCUGCGAGGUCCAAACUUGCAGGUGCCUAUUUUAGGGGGAAAAUAAUCAUCAUCGGUGGCUACAACCGCAAGGGAGGUCUGAGCAGCGUGGACAUGUUUUCACUACCAGAUGCAGACCGACCACUGGGCGAAUGGACCGGGCUCACUGACAUGCAGCAACCUCGGCACCUGUGUUUCCUCCUAGUUUGCAACGAAAGACUGUUUGCCUUAGGUGAGUACUUUUCAUUAAAGAUCGGCUGUCAUAUCUUUCAACCCAGUAGUCCUUAUUUACACACUUGGGAGAUUUCUCACAAAAAAUGCCCUUUCUACUGUCUUAUAACUAAAAGAUUUUUGCAGGCUCUCGCUUUUACCUAGGUAGGAGUCGCUUGAAAAGCAUAGAGUGGUUUGCGAAUUUCUAGUAUAUCUGAGGUCAUAUAAUAAGCACUUUGCUAAGGACCGUCGUUUUGCGUUGACACCCUGCGCGAGACUCUUGCUGACUGAGGUAAAAUUGACUAGAAUUGCCAUUUAUGACAUGUUUGUUGUCGCUGUCGUCGUCGUUGUCAGACAGCCAUAUCCCAUCCCCAGGCCGCGAAACCCAAGCUCUCGGACCCUCCCGGUGCUUUUGACUGGCUAAGGCCGAUACGUAGGUCAGAAAUGUCCCUCUCAGUCUGUCCUUCUGGUGCAGUAACAUUGGCUAGUACUACGCUAAUGCAUGAUACAUCCGAAUCUACCGUGCAGUGUUUAACUCAGUCUCCAUUAUCUGAGUUUCCAACACUGCUGAAUUAUUAAUUGCCCGCUGUUAUCUCACCACCAUCGUGCGCUUCGGGCCAAAGCUUCAAGGCAAAGCAGACUCGGAUACAUUCCGCCCUGAUAUCCGAAACGAAUAUAGCUUGCUGAUAUGCCAAAAUAAGCGGCCUCAGAUCUACAGUAGAUGUGCUAUAUCAUGAAAUGUUGACUGAAAUUCUGAGAUGUGUUUUUUAAUCGAUAAGACUGCUACUCGCUUGAUGGAAAAUUACGCCCUAUUCGAAUUUUAUACUUGUAGAUAGAGAACAUUUGGGCUUAGAAAGUUUCUAAUUGUGAGCUGUUCAAAUUCGCGAAAUGUCCAAUCAUACAGCAUCACACCAGCGCGUCAAUUAAUGCUACUUAUAAAGUGGACAACAUGGUCUAUGUCCAUGGCAAACGUUUAUGGACCCUACAUGACUUCUUCUUAUUGGAGCAUAGAAAUAUAUGAUUCACCUUGCACGGAAAGUAUACAGCUUGUAUUUUGGAAACCCCGAAUGCACGUUUAACGGAAGGUCGGGCUCACAAUUAUUCGUGGAUUGAAAAGUUCUUUUUUUAGCCGAAUGGCACUCUACCUUCAAGCAUAAAAGUUGGAGAGGACGUGAUUUGCCGCCAAGUGAGUAAAAGAAAGAAUAUUUUCGUGCAUGUUUUCUGUAAAGUGUAUUUGAAUUUAUAGGGGUACUGAAAGUCUAUGGAAGACAUGCUACGUAAGUAGCCACUUUUGCGGAAUUUGGUUUGUGCAGGCGGGUGAUUAGAGGCAUUCUGACGUGAUUGUAACAUUUCGGGAUUAUGCUACACGAUGAUUAACAUGACAGCGCCGCCUAAACAAUCUUUUCGAACUAGAAACACAUUUCAGAAUUUCAGUUAACACUUCAUUAGAUAGCAUAUCUCUAAAUCGGUAAACCCCACCGACCUUAGCCGACUUGAUGACAAACGACCAAAGAGCCCCGGUUCUAGCCGUCUGGUCUUCCCUGCUUGGUGUUUGGGUUAGUCUGCGCGACGUCGACAAACAAGCUAGAAGUAGCCAAUCUGGCAAUACCCCUCCAAUACCUGAAUCCAUAUUUUUGCCCCAUCAUAUCUCAGUCCCUGUCGGAAGGAGGAUGCAACUCUUGGCUCAGCUUUAAUUACAUCGAAUACUGUGCAAACACUGUUUUGCAGUGUAGUUGGGCAUUAAGGACUCAAGUCGCCGCAAAACUGUACAACCGCAGUUCUGGUUCUUUCGCCCAACUACCGUUAGUGAUGGACCUCGUCUGCCUCGUUCUUGUAAGCUUGCGGAUCUAGGCGCUCUGAAAGGUUGGUAUGCGUAAAUGACGCGAACGCAGUCGUUAUUCCACAAUUAUUCAUGUGUUCUUUAAGGCUAUAUAUCCUUUUUCUGGCCUUCUUACUGCUGACUUAGCUCGACAUGACUACAAAUAUCUUAGGUCAGAGCUUGUUUGAGAGUGCAACCUUUAUACUCGGUCCCUGCUUGCUGAAUGAAUGCCCGAAAUAGUCUAGGCGAUGAUGGGGAGCAGGUGAAAGAUUGGUGUAGUUAUGCCGCUCCCUUGUUUAUAUUUAUAUUUGGUUAAUCACAGAUGUUAACGAAUCCGAGGACCCUUCUGCCUCUUUAACCCACUAGAUCAAAAUCUCGUGGUUAUGACGAACUUCCUCUCGAUUAAUCUAUUUAAUUGUUCAUCUUAGGUGGCGAAGAAGAUUCGCAGAAUACCCUUGAGGAAUUCUCAUCUAAAGAUCCUCUGCCGCCCGCCGACAGCGACCUUACCACAUGGACGUGGAUCGAAAACAGGAGGGUGAGUAAACUGAACGGAAUUCGCGGUGCAGCAACAGUCAUUCUUUGA